ACAAAGGGGGGGGGUGCAACUCCUCUACAUCGCCCCUGGUCCAAGUAGAACACUCCGCAUUGGAGAUUCCCAAAAUAGUGCGUGUAAAUGUGAAGUUGGGGGGCCAACCGUUUUUUCUGUUAUUUCGCCCCCGAAUGGGCAAAAGGAGAUACGCGUGUAGAGAGGCAAAGAGGAGGAGGACUCAACCUGUGAAGCGGCGAAACUUCGUGCAAAAAAUAAAAAUGCCCUCCCAGCGGAAUGAUCUUCACUGAUGGGGUGUAACUUUUUCGUGGGAUCCCCCGCACAGUACAUUGGACAGGGCAUGGUGCGCACGGUUGGAAAGAAAGGGGGGAGAAGGGAUAGACUUCGUUACCAUUUAUUAUCUUUUAUUAGCUCUUUUUACCCCCUUUCACCUCUUUUUUCCCAUUUUUAAGCGCAAAAUUGAGUACUGCCCCGCUUCGCGGACCUUUCCACCGCGUGCGUAGCAGCUGGGCUACUUCUCCCCCGGCACUGCCUCAGUUGCGUGUUUUCCCCCCCACCACCAUGUUUAGCGGGAGGAGCACACACGCGCUGCAGUGGGGGAGAGGCCACCUCAAACGCGCGUGCAUGUGGAGGCAACUCAUGUGCAGCUAUUCCAGUAAGGAAAAACUGGGCAGCAAAAUAUACACGCAGAAGAAGAUCACGAAGAGGGAGAAACUCCUAGGGAUAGUGAAACCGUUCGUAGACGAAAAUUGCGACAGCGCAGAGCCGUAUGUAAUAGCGUACUAUUUAAACAACCCAAUCAAUUUGGCAACCCUGAAAAGUGCAUACGAAAAAGUGGGAUCCCAAGUGCUGUACAAGGAUCCCUAUUUGUACGUAGAAAGUUGCUCACAUUUUAACCAACAAAAUAGUUCAGCUGUGUUCUUUAAAAAUGGAUGCAUGGUCAUAUGGAGCAUGAAUAAGCAAAACAGAAAUAAAUUCUUUCACUUCUCCAAACAGUUCCUACACAUAAACAGUGAAAGUACCAUCGAUCAUUAUGACUUUGAAGAACUGCAAGUGGAAAAUAUAAGCAACAAAAGUUACGUUAAUAACUCUGUUAUUUAUUUAACGUCCAGCAAUUACAGGACGACGGACAAGAUAGCCAUUUCGUUUGGACUGCUCAGCGCCGUGAGGUUAAAUAAUUUGGAAAAAAAAAUUGAGAAGAAAUUAUUUUACGAAAAUGAUCAAAUCGAAAAUUUAAAAAAAAAAAUGAAGUCCAGUAAUUUGGACCAUUUAUCCAAGCAAUUAUUUACCUCCAAAAUUACGCUUCACAAUUUGAGGUACGAACUGAACAUCGAUCAGGACAUCCUGGACGUCCCAGAAGCGCUGUGGGAACUGGAGUACCAGAAGAAGCUGUUUUUAAACAUCCUACACAUUUUUGAUAUAAAGCAGAGGGUGGAUUUGCUCAAUCAUAGACUGAGCUGGACUUUGGAUUACUUAAAUUCCUUUUUGGACUACGUGAAUCAGAAGCACUCCUCUCGCCUGGAGCGCAUCAUCAUCGUCAUAGUUGGCCUCGAGCUUGUGCUCGGCAUUAUGCAGAUGGGCAACACGAUAGGGUUGUAGGGGGUGUGUUGCUGAAUUUGCAUGUGUGGGUGGGUGAAUUUGCAUGUGCGGAUUGCCUACCCUUCCCGCGUGACCACCUGUUGGGGGGGGCACGGGGUACAAAAAAAAGGGGAAAAAAAGAGGGGAG